UUCGACAUAUUAAAAUCAACAAGUUAAAUUCCAGUAUCAUGAUAUUCUCAGUAAUAACAAUUUUAAACAGAAAUCUGAGUUCGAAAAUAAUCCACUUAAGAGAAAAUUCAACCGUACCACCGCCGAAAGAACCUAUAGUUACUCUAUUGAACGCUGCUACCGGGAUUGGCAAAAAUGUUGCAUUAUUAUUGAAGCAGAGUCCGUAUAUAGGAGAGUUAAGACUAUAUGAUGCGAAUAAAACGAUACGUGGUAUUGCCGAGGAUUUGAGUCACAUUGAUACGAAAGCACAAAUAAAAUCGUUUUCUGGGCAAAUGGUCUUAAAAGAUGCAAUUACCGAUGCGAACGUUGUGGUGAUAGUUGGUGGUGAUAGGGAAUCAUCCAAAGAAACUUUAAAUGAUACAUUUGAUAAAAACGUUGACGAUGUCAGAAUAUUAGCUCUCAAUAUGACUGAAUUCAAUCCCAACGCCAUAUUUUGCAUAGCAAAACCUCCAGUAGAAGCAUUAGUUCCACUAGUCUCUGAGGAAUACAAGAAAGCCGGAGUUUACGAUUGGACAAAAAUCUUUGGAAUAAAAAAUUCUGUAUCUAUGAUAGCGAACAGUAUAAUUGCUGCCAAAGACAAGCAGAAACCAAUAGAUGUAAUAUGUCCCAUAGUAGGAGGUUUGAGUAAUGAGUGUCUCGUUGCUAUCUUAUCCCAAGUAAGACCGAAAACUAAAACUACGCUUUCAUCGGAUGUACAAAAACAAAUAGUCGGUACAGAAAACGAAAUACUAAAACUUCACGAAAAUUGCAAAGGGAUGUACUUGAUGCCAGCUUUGGGUAUAUACCGUUUUAUAAAUUCGUUAAUAAAAGCUUAUAAUGGAGAUACAAACUGUGUAGAAUGCGCUUUCGUUCGGCAAACUGGUCACAUCGGGAAUUUCUUACCGUAUAUGACGUCAAUAAUAAAAUUAGGCAGACACGGUAUAUCGUCGACCCAUAUGCCGAAAAUGAACGGGGAAGAAGGACACGCGCUACAAAAAGCUGCCGUUCGUAUAAAAAAAUGUAUUCGAUUAGGAGAAAGUUUCGUUACCGGUGAACCCCAAACAAUUUACGAAACAACCGUAGAUCAAAGUAAAAAAGAAAUAUCCGCACAAAAAUAUAUCGAUAAACAAACCGAACCGAAUUUGAUAAAAACCACGUAGUUUCGAAAAUUAUUCAAAAACAAUAAGAAAAAAAAAUGUUUCAUUUUUUUUAAAUCUAGUUUGAGAAAGCGAGUAAAUAAGUUUUUAUUUCCGGCUUCUUACCUGGAAAGGCAAUAAUUCAUAUCAUAUCACCUCGUACAAAAUUCGAAAAAUUUCAAUGAAUUUUUUAUUAAAUGUAAAUUUUUACGCCUAAUUUUUAAAAAAAUAUAUUAUCCGAAGAUUUCGUAAAGAUUUUAUGACUUGAAAUGUCAUAAUAAACGUAUUUCUUCGAAUAUAAUCGCCCAACAAAUAUGAUUUUGAACAUAACCUAACCUUCAAAUUCCUAACGUUCGAUUACUCAGAAGAAACUGGAAUAAGCACAUUAAUACGCAAGCGCCCAAUGUGAAUGCACCGAAAACAACAGAAUCGCAAAUUACAGGCGCAUGCUCAUCCAACCAUUUAAAUGAAACCGGCAAUUCUGCGCACGUAUAUCCAUGAGAAAGUGAGAAAUGGAACAAUGCGCACGCGCACUCACGUCGGCAGUUCAUAUACAUCCGUCCUUACAUAAAA